UUGGGCAGCGUCUGUUCAAUCGAACCCUGUUCCAACUAAGUACACUCUUACGGGAAUAGAAAAUCUGUUUACUGAUCAUUUUACCAGACAUCUUUCUCCCAAAGUUAACUACGGUAGACUGAAGAAGAGAUUGGCGAGUGCUGCAUAUAAAUACUGUCAAGUUUUGAAAAUGCAGGGAAAGGUCUCUAGGUGUAAAAACAGGUAUAACGUUGAAGGAACUGACAUUGGAUUUACACAGAAAGGUUACAAAUACAUCCGUGACGUAGACAGAGUCACUUGCGAAGAGACUUGUCUAGAUGACGUGGAUUGUGUGGCGGUUGAAUUCCGUAAUUUUACGUCAACCAUUUGUAGUUUCUUCAAAGGUGAUGUUGUUAGUAGAGUGGUAACCCAACAAGGAAGCCAAAUUGUAGUUUUCUUAUCACAGCUAGCAACCAACAAGAAGGUCCUCUCGCUAGAAAAAGCAAGCUUUCGAGGGUAUGCAUUUAAGGCCCCCAGGCAUGAUAAGCCGCAAGAUUGUUGGCGGCAGUGUGAGGAUGAACUCGAGUGCGACGCCUAUUCGUGGAGUUCAUCGAGGAGCCUGAAGUGUUCUCUGUUUUUAGCUAAACAUAUCACAUAUAUCCGAUAUUCUUCAACAUCCCAGGCGGCACUAGUACAAAACAAAUAA